AUGGCUCGCCCCGAGCAGGGGGCUGAAGAUGGAAACCCAAACCUGCAGGCCUCCGGGGGCGCAUCUCCCACAGGUGGCCGCCUGCUUCUCCUGCCGCCUCCAUCUUGGCUCCAAGAAUUCUCCCCAGAACAAGUCCACUUUGUGGCAGUGUGGCAGCUCCGCUACACCAGUCUUGGGGAGGUCCGGUGCCUACCAUCCCACCUUGGAUGGAAGGUAAAGUUUGAUUCAAAAUCAGACAUUCAAGUGAUAGUGACUCAGAAGAAAGCCAAUGUAACUUACGAAGAUUGGUUGGGAUCACAUUUCAACAAUACACUCAAUUUUACGUCCAAAGACUUGACUCUUUCCAUCAAGAAAAUUCAGCACCAGGACAGUGGCACCUACACAUUGGAGCUCACAGGUGACGAUGGGAUAGAUUACCAAAUCAAAUUUCAGGUUUCUGUGUUUGAUCAUGUUGGAAAGGUCCACUGGCAGGAAGAAAGGAAGACCCUGGAUAGCGGGAUGUGCCAAGUGACUCUAUCCUGCUUGGCAUUCAAUAAUAAAAGUGUGAGCUACACUUGGUACAAUGAGAGCAAACUGAUCCAGACGUGGAGGAACCACACACACUUGGUGGAACAAAUAGAUGGUGGUAACUGGAGCACGUACACCUGCAACAUCAGCAACCCUGUCAGCUGGAGAAACCACACCUUCAACCUCACACAGGGAUGUGGGAGUGAUCAUCAGAAUUUCCAGUUUCAGAUCCUUGUGGUGAUCAUCGUGGUUCCACUAGUCAUACUCUUCCUUGCCAUCCUCACUGGCUUCUUUGUGUGGUGGAGGAAAAGGAAGCAGCCACGUAACAGAUCAGAGGAAUGUCUGACAACUUAUGAACUUAUCAACCAUCCACAAAUCAACAGAAAUCAAGAUCGAGAGCAGGAACAGGAACGAGGACAAGAGCAGAAUCCCUCUGGAGAAAGCAGCACCAUUUACUCCAAGAUUCAGGCUCAGGGUUAUGCCUCCACAUCCCAUGAAACUUCACAUACAAUCUAUUCAGUAAUACAACCUUUCCUGAAGCCUGGGCCCAAGAAGAAUCAAAGUCCAUCCUUCAGUAAAACCAUCUAUGAAGAGGUUGGGAAGCGACAACCCAGAGCUCAGAACCCUACUCGACUGAGUCAAAAGGAGCUGGAGAACUUUCAAUGUGAGCGACUGGCGGGCGCUCACCAUCUUCCAUGUGUCAUCUCCCACGCAGGUGGCCAGUGGGCGCAUAUCAUCUCGUGUGCGGGCAGCCGGCGGGCGCCAUCCCCCAGCGUGGAUGGCCAGCUGCCGCCCAUCAUCUCAUGCGUGGAUGAUUGGUGGGUGCUCACCAUCUACCGCACGUCAUCUCCCACAUGGGUGGCCGGUGGGCGCGUGUCAUCUCGUGUGCGGGCAGCUGGUGGGCACCAUCCCCCAGUGUGGGCGGCUGGUGGGUGCCCAUCAUCUUGCCAUCUUCUGCACGGGUGGCUGGUGGGCGCGAGCCAUCUCCCGAGUGUCAUCUCCCACACGGGCGGCUGGCAGGCGUGCAUCAUCUCGUGCAAGGGCAGCCGAUGGGCGUGCGCCAUCCGGGUGGCUGCUGGCUGA